AUGAGUUCAGGAAAUAAAUUCGCAUUACUAAUAAUCCUAGCAUUAAUCUUAAUCUCCUGCAAGGGAGCCAAGCAAAAGGGUCCCCGGCUGGUGUACUUCCUCAAAAAUGAGCUCAGUUAUAAUCCCAGUUAUAUACAAGAUCAUUUUAUAGUUGUGGCUUCAAAUCGCAUAACGGUGAAUAUAACCCUUAAUUUGGCUGUGGAUUUCCCUGCCGAUCCCUGGGCUGAAAUAAUGUUGGGCGUUAAAAAUCGCAAGGAUAACACGUAUCGCAAUCUCUUUCAAUAUGAUAUAAAUGUUUGCAAUAUUUUGGGUAAAUCGAGCAGCCAGUUGAAUAAUUUCGUUUUCAGUUGGAUCAAUAAUGUAUGGAAAUAUGGUGAUUUACCGAGAAAUUGUCCGAUUAGAAAGGCCAAUUAUAGCUUUAUAAAUUUGAAGCCUGAAAAGUUAAACAUACCCAACUUUAUACCUUUGGGACGUUAUCGUGCUGUUAUAAAUACCUAUUUUCGUGAUGGAUUUUCAAAGGAUUCUAUUGCUAAUUGUACCAUGUAUGUGGAUAUUAAAUAA